AUGGGCAAGAAAGGCGCCAUCACCGCCGUCUUCUCCAGGUCCAAGUCCAACAAGUCCGGCGUCGACUCGCCGCCCUGGCCGUGGCCGUCCUGCGGGGACCCGCAGACCGACUCCUUCCGCGCCGGCGGGCAGCCCUGCGCCUCGGCUGCUAGUGGCAGCAGCAUGGGCAGCAGGUGCGGCCCUGUCGCCGCGAGGCACCGCAAGCUGGUCGGUGCUGCCGGCGCCGCUGAGAUGUACAAGACGGUCAACUCCGUCUACUUCGACCCCGACGGCGGGGAGUCGUGCUCCGGCCUCAAGGCGGGUGAGGAUGACGGGGAUGAGUGGGUGGUGGUGGAGGACGACGGCCUCCCGACGGCCACCGCUGCGUGCGCCGAGGAGGACUUGUCGGAGGCCGUAAUCCGCAGCCUCAGCCGGACUACAUUGUCCACCCACCGCUUCUUCUUCGACCAGGACCGGCCGGCGACCAACUCCAUCCUGCCCGCGGCCUCCUCGCCGGCCGGCACUGGCAGCACGCCACCUGAGGAGGAGGAGGAGGAGGAGGACAAAUCGGCGGCGCUGUCCGGGAAAGAGAAGCAGCCGGGACCAGGAGACGGUGGCAAGUCGCUGGUGGCGGAGGAGAGCGUGGCGGUGGCUGUGGAGUCGGCGAACCCGCACCAGGACUUCCUGGCGUCCAUGGAGGAGAUGGUGGCCGCGCACGGGCUGCGCGGCUGGGACGCGCUGGAGGAGCUCCUGGUGUGGUACCUCCGGGUCAACGCCAAGCGCCACCACCCGCUCAUCGUCAGCGCCUUCGUCGACCUGCUCCUCCGCCUCACCUCCACGCCGUCCGCCACCUCGACGACGACGACGGUGACUACGUCGAAUAGCAGCACCAGCACCAGUAGCAGCGCGAGUAUCGGCAGCAGUACGAGCACGAGCACAAGCACCACCGCUAGUACCGGUAGCGACGUGAUCACCGCAGCAGCAGCAGCAGCAGCGGGGCAAUGCGGUGGCGGGAAGGAAGCUUCCGCGUCUUGCUCGUCGUCUUCUUCUUCGUGCGUCCCGUCUGGCUUCGGCGAGGCAGGCCGUGGAGAAGGCUAG